UUGUCAAAACGAGCAAAAGUGUACGUUUCUUUUUAUUUUAUUUUAUAUUUCUUAUUUUUCUCACAUAGAAAAGCUUGUAGAAUGCUUACAAUUCCUGUAACUAGCGAUGCUGCUGAAAGCUGGGAUUGGCCACUUCAACACAAUGAUGGUGUUGUCAAAGUGACCAACACCGCCGAAAAAUUCGAAGUCGGACUUGAUGCUGGAUUUUUCGGCCCAAAAGAUAUUGAUGUUCGUGUGAACGGUUUGGAAAUUAUCAUUCAUUUGAGACAUGAUGUAAGUCAACUUCAACCAGUAAAACAAUUGUAUCGCCCUUUUUCAAGCAAUUAAUUUUCGAAAACUUACCAUUUUUCCGGUUAUCAAAUGACCUUCAUUUUCAACAUUGAAGGAAACAAGCAAGGAAAAGUUAGAAAAAAAAUGAGCGGAUGACCUAAAAGAGAUUUGCGGGAAAAGAUAUACGAAGUGACAGAUCAGAUAUUAUGUAUGAAUUCGAUAAAAAUGAAAAGGAAAUAUUUUCAAAAAGUUUCCGUAAUUUUAAAGUUACAGGAUCGCACAACUGAAUAUGGCGUCGUCAACCGCGAAGUUCAUCGCACCUAUAAACUUCCGGAUGACAUCGAUACUUCAACAGUCAAAUCGCACUUAAGCGCUUCGGGAGUUCUCACAAUCACAGCCAAAAAACUCGCAUAA